AUGAACAACGUUCCUUAUGUUACAGCUUCCACACCUCAAUUAAUAGUUGGUGGGGAAUAAAAUUAAAUUAUUUAACCUACUUUUGUUUAGAGUCCAUAUGUAGGAUAAUAAUUUGCAUAAUAAAUUCCAGUAGCAGCUCAAACUGUUUAAAUUCCAAUUUAGCAUGUUUUAGUUUAGCAAAAUACUCUUCAGAAUACAUUACGUCCAGGCUCUCCUAUUUAGUAGCAUAUUAUUCCUUAGCAGAAUUAAGCAGAAAGCUUCUUGAGUUUAGGUAAUAAACAGUCCACAGUUGCAAGUCCCAGCUAUGGUGUAUAAGGAAACGUUUUAGAAGGUCAAUAAUAAUUACAGUAGAGAUUGAUUUAACACAGAGGAAUUCCAGCUUAUCACCCAGAUAAUUUAGCCAAUACUAUUUAUAAUAGAAAUGGAGGAUAUUAAUAACACCAAAAUCCUGCUGAUUAUUCUAAAGUUUCAUAAAAUUACCCAACUCAUAUCCCUGAACAUAUCUAAAGAAGACCAUUUUCUGUACUUGAUUAAUAUUAAGACACUGAAGGGUUAGAUGUUAUCCGUGUAUAAGCAUCAAGAAUAAGUAACUUGUUAGAUAGAAUUGAGAUUUUGGAGAAGGAAGUUGAAAGGUAAGCUGAUUUACUCACUGAAAAAGAUGAUAAUAUCGAUUUCUGGACAAAGCAAUACGAACAGUUAGAGUUCAAUAGAAAAUAAGCUUUAUAAACAUUAAGUAGCUUUGCAAAACUGGAAAAUAAAUAGUAUAUAAUUGAUUCUAUGGAAGACAAAACAAAUGUUGAGAAAGAGCUCACUCUUAAACUACGUGAAAUUGAGGAUUUAAAUACAGAAAUUGCUUAUUGGAAAUCAUAAUGUGUCCCUAAUGAGGAGUCAUCGUUAGAAGUUAAGAGAUUAUAAAAAAAAUAAGAGGAACUCAGUGAUUAAAACAACCAACUCAAUAAGUAAUUAAUUGUGAUUGGUCAUUAACAGAGAACUUAGUGA